GUCCUCUCCUCUCAACUGCUGUGCAGAAUCAAAAGAGUUUCAGCCCCUUUUCGUUCUCUUACGACUAUGGCUACAUCUAGAGCAAGCUCGGGCCUUGAUGCUUCAGUUGUGAAGACUGCCAUGAUCGUCCUUCUGGGACUUUGCAGUCUCCAGAAUGUGGACUCCACUUCUUCUGGCCCCCGGAAUCCUUCGUUUGUACUCUACGCGGUUCGGAAUGGGGCUGACACCGCAAACCCAUCCGAAGUGCAAAUUUUUCCUGCCACAGGAUUGAAGAAUCCCGUAGUGAGAGUGUCAGACCUUGCGCUGGUUGAGUCGGCGAAUAUCAAUUCGAGAGAAGUCGGCAGACUAAGAUUACAGACCGUGACUAAUUUCGGUUCCCCGAUUACCCCAGCGAUGCCUCCCAGGAUUUAUAUUACUGGAGUUCUGGACCUGAUCGCGAUGAAGGAUUCUGAAAAUGGUACAAUCUCUUCCGGGGGGAUUCAAACUGCUUUGACAGUGGGUGCCAUUGAUGAGUUCCCUAUAUUGGGUGGCUCUGGAGAGUACCGAUUUGCAAGUGGUUACAUUAAGUUUACUCUUCUAUCACCUGUUGACGCUCUGGGGACCACGAUUUUCGGAAAAAUAGAGUUCUACCUUUGCAAGCCUUCAUCCUGUCACAUUUAGAUACACAAGUAUUCUUUCAUCGAUUAGUAGAAGAAUGCUUAUUAUAGGUUGCUUACAUAACUAUCGGAAUGAACGGGCGAGGAGGUGGCUCAAGUAAAGGAGAAGUGAACCUAGCAACUGCUCUAGUAGAGAGCAUUAUGAUAAUCAGAUUCUGCAGAUCUCGUUCUGCUCGCUGUAUCUGUAUCUUUCGUCCGGAGUACAGUAACUCCGAAGUCUGAGCUUCCAUCAAUGUCGUUCGGACCGGAAAGAUGGAGCAAGUUUUGUUUGUUAUCUGCGAAUUCACUUUUUCCUCGUGUCAAUAUGUUUGGUACAAACAUCAGACGCAGCUACAUCUAAAUCUAGAGUGCCCAAGUAAGAUAUUCAAACUAAUAAGACUGUUGCAUACUGGUGACAUUGAUCAGCAAUGUGCAUUAUUUGUAUACAGCCAUGAUAAUAUUUCUGCAAAUAAAAUGUGCUCAAAAGAAUUUUACUCUUUUAACGGGUACCUGCAAGAUCGUUAUAG